AGGCAUCUUUGAAAUACGCAACACCCACCACCCAAAAGGACAGAGAGAGAGAGAGAGAGUGCUUCAUUGAGCCCAGCAUGGGAGACAAAAAGCUUUGCCUCAUGCUCAUCCUCAGUGCUGCUGCACUGGCACAUGCUGAUGAAGAACUACCUUGUUCCUUGGCCCAGAGGUAUAAGCCCUUCCACAAGUAUGAAUACAUGUAUGAAGCCGAGUCCCUGAACUUCCUCAAUGGAGCCGUCAAUGGACCCAAGGGCAGCUGCAAGGUGGAGAUCGAGGUUCCUGGCGCCUGCCAGUACAUCCUCCGUACCACUGAGUGCACGCUCAGCGAAGUUGCGGACUUUGAUGCUGAGGGCAACCCAACCUUCGUCCCAGCUGCCACUGCUGAUGCAUUCAAGGCAGCCAUGGAGAAAAAUCCCCUGAAAGUCACAGUUGAAGGAGACAACAUCAUCAAGCUGUUCCCUGAAGACGAUGAGCCCGUCAACAUCCUGAACAUCAAGAGGGGAAUGAUCUCUGGCUUCGCUGUCCCUGUCCUGGAGGAGGAGAAGAACAAGAAAAUGCCCACCAUCUUUGGGUUGUGCAAGACCGACUACACUGUGAAUGCCAGACAGGACAUUGCCACUGAUGUCACCCUCACACGUGACCUUUCCAGGUGCGAUCACUUCAGCCCAGUGAGUGACUACACCAGCCCCCUUGCCCUCAUCACUGGAUUGCACUACCCCCUUGCUCAGAUGAUCAGGAGCACCCAGACUUGCAACUACCAGUUUGAUAAUGCGCAGCAUCACCCAACUGGAGGUGAAUGCAUUGAGAACCACAUCCUGGUGCCUUUCUCCCACAAGGGGAAAUUUGGAGUCACCAAUGUUAGCAAGCAAAAAGCUACACUUCUGGCAGUGACUGAGUACAGCAAUAGAGCCUUCGAACCUAAUCUGGAGAAUGAGCAGACCCUGCACCCACAUGCCAGCAUUGACAAGAGCCCCAUCCAGGACAAAGACGCUGCUCUGGCUCUUCUGAGGGAACUGGCUGGUCUGUCCAAGACUGAUGAUGGUCACAAGAGAGCCCACCUGGCCCACAGAAUCGUCAGCAUGAUCCGCAAAUUCUCUGCAGAAACCCUCCACGCUGGCGUGCCCGAGGCUCUGGAAAUCUCCCGCUCUCUGACCUACCAGGCUCUGUUCCAGUGUGGCACCCCAGAGUGCAAUAAGGUCAUUGUACAAAUGCUUAAAACCUUUGACAGCUCUUCUGUGGAGAUUGAUGCCACCAUCUAUGCCAUGGGCCUGUUGCCAAAACCCUCUCAUCAGCUUGUCAGUGACAUGCUGGAGAUGGCCAAGUUCAAGAAGAGCAAGCCCAUUUUCUAUGGUGCCAGCAAUGCGGUCAAGAGGCUUUAUCAGGCCACGGGCAAAGUCACUCCGGAGAUAAAAGCUGUUGCUAAAUUUGCAUUGGAGCAGAUUGGAGACUGUACUGGUGAUCAGGACCACAUUUUCAUGUCCCUCAAGGUGAUUGGCAACAUGGCUGCUGCUAUGGCAGCUUCAAGCCCUGCCCUGAAAUCUGCUGUGAUCCAGUGUGUUAACCAGCCUCGUGCUCGUCCAGAGGUUCAGCUCGCUGCCAUCCAGGUCUACAGACAGACCGCUCUGCCAGAGGAGGGAAGAAAAGUGCUUAUGCAGGUCCUGUUGGAUGGUGCUGCCCCACUGCAGAAGAGAGUUGCUGCCUACCUGAUCCUCAUGAAGGACCCCCAGCCCUCUGAACUUGCUCAGCUGGCUGCUGCUCUGCCAAACGAAAAGAACCAUCAAGUCACAAAUUUUGUCUGCUCUCAUAUUACUAACAUCUUGAAAUCCACAGCACCAGAGACCAGGGGGCUGAAACAAAGGAUCCUUGAAGCCCUGCAGGGCAAUGAUGUGGGAAAUUACAUGGAAGAAAAAGCGUUCUCUCGCAACUACAAAGCCGGCUCCCUCGAAGGAAACAUGAUCUUUGAUGGGGCCAGCUACCUACCCAAGGAGGUCGUGUUGGAUAUGUCAUUAAAUGCGUUUGGAUUUGAUGUGAACAUGUUUGAGGUUGGUAUUGAGACUAAUGGUAUUGAAGAAACCUCCGACGCGCUGUUUGGUCCCGAUGGGUUUUUCCCAGACAUCACAAUGAAGAGUAUGUUCUUUGCAAAUUCAAUGAUUCCUACUGAGGCAGUGAUGGAAUUGGCAGACUUCAUUUCUAGGAAGAAAAGACAGGUGCCCCAGGAGUUCAUUCAACAGCUUAGUCGAAGCAUUCAGGAACUGAUGAGGAAGCUGGAGUCUCAAGGGCCGCCUGAUGCCAUGGUCUACCUAAAACUACUGGGACUAGAUCUGGGCUACCUCAAGACCAGAGACAUGAAGAGGAUGGCCAAACAUAGUAUGAUUAUGCUUGACAACCUCAGGUCAUAUUUCAUGAGGGGCCUUCUGUCCAGCACUGACAACGACCUGUUUGCCCACUACAUCUUCAUGGACAAUGAGUUCUACCUGCCAACUGGCCCUGGCGUCCCCCUGAGGGUGGCCCUGUCUGGUACCUUCACCGCUGGAAUCAAGGGUGGAGUGCAGCUGGAUGCCAGCAUGAGUGAGGUGGCUUUCAUGCCCUCUGCUGGCAUUGAGUUUGUGACUGAGGUUGGAGCCCACUUCCCCGACUUUGUUCAGUCUGGUCUGGAAAUGCACACCAGCAUCUACCAUGAGAGUGGCCUGAAGGCCAAGGUGUCUAUUGCUCCUAACAACUUCAAGCUAACCAUCCCUGCCCCACACAGCCCUACCAGGCUCAUCAGGCUCAGCAAUUCCCUGGUGUCUCUGCAUGGUGCUCAAAUCAAGGCCAUCCCAACCACAGGAGAGAGAGUCGAUGCGACUGAGUGCACUUCAGUCUUUGCUGGCCUUAAGUACUGCACAGCUCUUCAGUAUUCUGAUGCUCUGCACACUAACGAGUCGCCAUAUUUCCCCUUCACGGGAGACAGCAAGCUUACCAUUGACUUGCUUCCCACUGGUGAAGUCUCAGAAUAUGUUCUCAACCUUGACCAUUCAUUUGAGGAUAGUGCUAAGAUGACACACAUUGUAACUUCGACCCUCACGGCUAAAGGAUCAGCGGCCUCAAAGGCCACUAUAACUGUGAAGUUCAACAUGCAGACACACAGGGCUGAUGUCGAUCUCCAGAUCCCCGACUAUGACCUGGAGGUAGGCCUGAGGCUCGGCUCUGUCAACCCCGAAACCAAGGGCAAGGCCACACACUCUGUCCAGGUUGACCUGAUCAACAAGAACAUUCCUCAGGUCUCCAUCAUCGCUUUGGCAAAACUUGAAGAAAUGAAAGACUUCAGCGUGGCAGUUCAGGCUCUUGUUCCACCAGUUGCUGACUUCCAGAUUGCUACAAACUUUCAUUAUGACAAAGACCUUGCACUUGAGCUGAAGACUGACUUCCAACUGCUAGCAAUACAUUCUAAGCAAAACAUUGCUCUGAAGUAUGAUGAAGGCGAGUUGACAGCUGAGAUCAAAGCUGAAUUGAGCACUGACACGGAGAAAAUAUUGUCGGAAUUGGAAUACAUUCAAAGCCUUUUAUAUCAGACUAUUAGCCAAAAUCAGAUGAUACCUGACACAUUUAUCAGAAAGUCUGCUGAGACAGUCCAUGAAUUCAUCAAAAAAUAUGGUGCUGAGGUCAGACGUUUGCCUGUGUUCUCUGACCAGUCAUUUCCUGAUAAACUGUACUGGAAAGCUGAGGCUGAUGCCAAGUCCAGCUUUGGGAGGCACUAUUACACCUUUGCCAUUCCUCUGACUUUUGAUGGAAUAUCCUCUGGAGAUUUCAGCGUCUCUGCAGACAUUCCUGUCCCCCACUUUGAGGUUUUCCCCCCAGACAAAGUGUUUGUGUCUGUGCCGGUCCUUGGAAAAGCUGAGGCGUCUGCCAAAGUAGAGACUAACUUUUACAAACUAGAGGCUGAUGUUUCUACCGUUAGAGAUCAAGUACAACACCCAAGCUAUUCUGCCAAAUGGGGCGUGAUUGGAAUUUGUCCUUCUGACAUUCUCUCCCUGAAAACUCAUGGAUCUGCACUACUUGUGGCUACAAGCACCAAUUCUCUCAAGGCUGAAUUGAAGACACAUGUGGAUCACAAGCUUAUUGAUGCCACGGUCACUGUUGAAGAGGAAGUGACUAUUGCUGACACGUUCAGCUUAACAUCAAACUGUAAAUUGGAGGCAACAAAUCCUCUAGGUGUACAGGUGUCUCUGGAGCAUAGUGGUGAUGCAAGUUUCAACGGAGGGAAAAUUUAUGGAAAUGGCAACCUACGGACAUCUCUUCAGGCUGGCCCUCUUUACGCUGCCUCCACCAUCUCUCAGACAGUCAACAUAUCCCCAAUCAAUCCAGGGACCAAGAGUGACUUGUCACUUAAGAUUGAGUCGGCCUUUAUUGCUUCUACUGACAAUAAUUUGCCUCAUAAAAGUGAUCUUGAUCGCAUGAUCCUUCACACACCCAGACCUACAUACAGUCCUGAUACUGGAAGUUAUGACUUCAAACUCAAGGACAGUAUGAAUGCCGACGUUGCCAUAAUGAGCCACCUAGACUUUAAAAGCAGCAUAGAGACAAAGUCUGCAUUGUUGCGGAUCAUUCUACUAGAAGCCUCUGAGGAGACCAUGUUUAGUAAUAUAGAAGUUGAUAUCAAGGCUGACCACAACAUAGAUGUUGUUCCUGCUGUCAAUGGAAGCCUAUCCCACACUAUUCAUGUCCUAGUUACACCUACAGAUGUCAAGCUUGAGUUGCGUAAUAAUGCCAAUGCACUGAUUGAUCUGGCUGACACCCUUUCAGCAAACCUCUGUCACCAGAAUGACUAUUCUGUCACUUGGAAUUCUGGUGGUCGGCGCUUGAACAAUGUGGGUUUGAUCAGGCUUAACCAAGACAGGUUUGUCUAUAAUAUCACACUUGAAAACAACCAGGCAGAUAUUGGCAUCUAUGCCUCUGCAAAUGGUAAAAUCAACCUCGACUUCCUGACAGUGCCCAUAAGCAUUCCAGAGCUGAAAGUGCCAAUCAUCAAUUUCAAGACCCCAGCAGUCAGUGGCAUCAAUCUGUAUGAGUACACUGGUCUGCAGAAACUGUUGACGUCAACUGACCUGGCUGUAGAGGCAAAUGGAGUGAUAUUAUGGAACAAUUUGCAGUAUUAUCUUUUUAGUGGAUUUUUCGUUGACAGCCUGGACCUUAAAGUGUCCAUCAAGUCCUCGGUUGUCAACCUUCAUCUGGAUGGCCAGUUGUCUGAUGGAAGUGUGCACUUUGUUGGCACCUCUACGUCUGUGUUUGAAAGUCUAAAGGCUAAACUGGAACUCACUGGCACUUCAGAGGGCGCGUCAAUGUAUUUGGACAACCCACACAUUCAGGUUACUCAAAACUACACUAGGGGCGAUAGAUUCGGCUUUGGACAUAUUGACCUAGCUGCAAAAGUUGACCUGCCCAUCUUCACUGCUGAGGUCAAUGAGGAAACAAAAUGGGAUGCAUCUGAAGACAAAUUUUACAAUUAUACCUAUAAAAUGGUGUACACUGUGAAUGUUCCGGUGGUUAAUGUUGUUGGCUCUGGUGGUUUGGAGAGUAGCGUACAGUAUGAAACUGAUUGGAGCGCCUUUUUGUCUAGGGUAUCAUCAAGUAAAGAACAUUUUGAUGGCACCAUUCUUGGCACUGGUGUGGUGAAAAGAUCCUUUAAUAGUUUAGCAAACCUGAGAUUUGAGGGAACUGGCUUACACUCCACGUGGAAUGUCACAGAUGUUCUACAUAUCAACCAUGGAGAUCUUAAAAUUGAAGCCAGUGUCAAUAGUGCACUACCCAUUGAUAUCAACGUUUAUAGGGAUUCUCCAUCUGAGGGAAGUAUACUUACUAGUUGGAACAUCAAUGCAAACAACGAAAUCAACGUGGAUAAUCUGAAUACCAAGGGAAAGCAUUCUUUCAAGAUCAGCUUUGAAACAAACAUCACUCAUGAAGGAUACCCAGAUCCUUGGGCUGUUAAUGCAGAGGUUGAUCUGGCUCAAAUUGGAUUUCCCGGGGAUCUCACUAACUUUCAAAGGUUAACUGUGACUAAGAAUAAAGGGGAGGAGAGAGAGAUCUACAUGUAUAUUUCCAAGAUUGGCACUCCUAUUUACAAAGCCACUGCAGUCAUAGAAAUGGAUGGCCCCUAUCCAACAUAUAAUGGAACAUUCCGUUCCAAUGGUAUAUCUCCACUUUGGUACCUGGAUUACAAUUGUGAUGGAACCUUCACACUCUCCAUUGGAGAUGAGGUUGUGAAUCACACUGUCAAAGCUUUCCUGGGUCUUGCAGAUAGUGACCUAAUUAUUUUGGGUAUUCAAACUGCAGUUCAACAUCUGGAUGAAGGUCCUUCUCAUAUAGUAAAUGUGGACAUCACAAGCCAAACCUUCACCGAUGUGCACAUCCAUUAUGCUGCCUGUCAGGAUGGUUCUAACACUUCCAUCGCCACCCCAUCUACUGGCUUACUUGGAUUUCAGCAUCAACACCAAAGCCAACAGAGAAGCACAAGACUGUACUGUCGCUAUGCUUCAAUGCCUGAUACGGAUGUGGACAUCCUGGUCUUCAAAGCAGCUCGAACGGACAAUGAGAUGUUGCUUUUGCAAGCUUCUGCCAACAUGGAGGCACCUGCUGUAAUCUUGUCUGGUCUUUAUGACAGAGUCCCUGCUAUUACCUCCUCCCUACACAGCUUUGCAGAAAAGUACGACAAGGUCGGCAGCACUCUUAGCAGUUUGAAAAGCAUGAUCUUGAGUGUAGCUGAGGAAAUCUCUGAGAGUGUUAGUCGUUAUUCCCCAGAGUUGAGCCAGCUGUCAAUAUUCUUCAGAUAUGUUGUUGUACAGGCUUACAAGGCCUUGCAGGCUGCACUUGAUGGAGCCAUCAAGUUCCUGAGGGAAACCCAGCUGUUUCCAGGUAUGCACGAAAUUACUCUGCACAAGAUCACAACCAAUGUUGGUUCAGUCCUGGAGCAGCUUCUGCAGACUAUUGCUGAAAACCUGUCUGCCUACCUCACACCAGUUCUUGACACGGUGAGCUCCAUUCAGGUAACAAUGCCCUCCGGUGAGGUGCUGUCAGGAAGCCAGAUCAUUGACCAGCUGAAGGGUCUCCUGAACAGUGUGAUGGACAUGGUGAAGAAUAUGGAGAGCGUUGACGUCAUGUUGGAGAAGCUCGGGAAGGCUCUGCAAGAGGCAGUGAACACAGCCCAAGGAUUCGUUGACAGUGUGAACUCGGACAUUCUUGACAGUUUCUGUGUAUACAUCAAUGCUUUCUAUUCUAACCUUGUUUUACUUUGUAAAUGGGCGACAGAGCAGAUAAGUAAUCAGCUAAACACACAGGGCAUUGACAAUACAAUACGGUUUGCAUUGGAGUCCGCCAAAGAUUGUGUGAUUGAAAUUAUCAAUUUGAUUGCUCACUUUCUACCAGGGACUGGGGCCAUCGCCUUGAAUGACGGGACACUGGAUGUGGAGCUACACAUUCCCAUCCAGCAGUAGCUGUGAAUGUUUUAUCUGUUAAUGUUGGUGCCACUGUUUUUCAGAUUGUGCUGAGUAACACAGAGUAGGGUUGCUCAUUUAAUCAAAAUUAAUCAAAAAUGUGAUUUUGGUCACAUUGAUUAAAAGUCAUGGCCGUGGAGAGUUAAUCGUGAUCACACAGGGGGCAAUAAAGUGACCUGCCGUCAGGCGUCCUUGAAGCCAGAACAUGUUAACAGGCUGGUAUUUCUGAACAAAAAUUUGUAUUCCCACAAAGGCUUCAUGCUACAGCCUUUUUUUUUAAUUGCAUUUGUAUUGCUAUUUCCCUUUGUGUUUUGAAAUAACAUUUUGCACAAAAUUCAGUAGUUUAAUAAUACAUGUUUUCCUAUAAUUGUGCAGCCCUAACACAGAGUUAUAAAUGUCCCUUUGCUUUGGCCAUUAUUAAAUAUUGUUGAAAAUAAUAUUGGGAAACUGGGAUUUUACUUAUUUCUGAUGCCUCUGCAUUAUAAUUACCGUAGGAGUGUUAGUAGUAGGAGCAUUCUGAAUGUUUCACAUUUCCUGCUUUGUUACCACUGAUAUAGAUGUACAAAAUGUAGUUAACAUUUAAAAUGUAAUGAACAAUUAAAAUACAAUCACUGUUGUUAAGCGUCUUAAUCAAAUCACUAAUAAAGGUCACAUAAAGAA